CAGCUGCAUUUGUUUGAACAGAAGAAGAGUUACUUCCGUCCUCUCUCCUGUCACAGACGAGCCCAGCGCAGCGAGUCACUAUGGCCGGCCGCAGGGUAGCACUCAAAGCCAUUGACUGGUUGGCAUUUGCUGAGCGAGUGCCACCAAACCAGAAGGGCAUGUUUAAUGCUCUGAAAACCCGGAGUGAUGCCAUAGCUGCAAAACUAGCUUCCCUCCCAGAAAGUCCUGCUGCCAUUGACUGGAACAUGUACAGGAAAGCAAUAGCAGUGCCUGGCAUGGUUGAUGAGUUUGAGAAGAAGUUUUCAGCUGUGAGUAUCCCUCAACCUGUUGACACACAGAGCAGUGCGAUCAAUGCUCAGGAGGCUGAGGCUAGCCAAGCUGCUGCAACCUACAUUGAGCAAUCCAAGGCUCGCAUUGCCAGCUAUGAGAAAGAGCUGGAUAAAUUCAACAACAUGAUCCCAUUUGACCAGAUGACCAUAGAAGACCUAAAUGAGACCUUCCCCGAGACCAAACUGGACAAGGUCAAACACCCAUACUGGCCUCAUAAGCCAAUUUCCGAGCUGUAAAUCUGUAUUGUUUCUCUCAAAAUAAAAUGUGUAUUUUAAAAUGGAA